GACGACGACUCAGGGGAUUCGGCAGGGAAGUACGAGUUGCAAGGCAAGGGCGGCUCAGGCGGCUCGGAGACGGACUCGGAGAGGUCAGCGCAGUCGAGAGGGUUCGGUACGCCAGAGCAGGUGAAGAAGACGAUGGCAGAGGUGCACGGAAGACUCGAGUCAGGCGGGGAGCACGAGCAGCACGACCAACGACGUGGAGAUCGUAAAGGAAAAGACACACUUUGCCCGACGUGGGACGGAAAGGACCUCAGCGAGUGGCCAGAGAAGAGGUUGGCCAUAGACAGAUGGAAUAGAUUGACGGCGGUACCACCCGAGGAGCAGGGCGAGACCCUGCUACUGCAUUUGACGAAGGAGGCGGCGACGGCGACGAGGCACCUACGACUAGGUUCGGUACAGUACGCAGGCGGUCUACAAGCAGUCAUUUUGGCAUUGGACACGCUGGCGUUCCCAGAGGCAGACGCGGAGACCUUCCAGCAGCUGGUCCUCAUCCAGACAGGCUACGACUACAAUGUCAACAGGUUUGUCUCGAUUCUGAAGCGGAUGGCGGACGACAGCACGGUGACUGAGAAGAGUGCACCGACAAAAGGGGCAUACUUGGCGGGAAUCGACGAGGACGAGCCGCUGAUGUCCGAGGGCGGUGAUACAGAGAGUGCCGUGUGCGACGCGAUGGCCAACCUGCUCGGGAUAGACGACGAUGGAACGCCCGGCGGACAAGAACCAGCUGACGAUGGAGAACGGAUCCUGACGGAGGUCGAGGCGCUCGACUGCCUCGCGGCCAUCGUCCCACCACCGACGAAGCCGCGGACUUGGGGCGAGGCUCGGAAGAUCGUGGCGGACAAGAAGACCAAUCGGGAAUUUCGCAACCUGCAGGACGGCAAGAAGCUCAAUGAUAACAUAGAGGACAUCAAGAAGCGCACGAAGUGUGGCACAUGUAAGAAGGUUGGACACUGGCACCAGCGAGAGUGCCCCGACAAUCCCAAGAAUAAGAAUAUGCCGACGGGAGGUUUCGUCGCCAUGACGGUGCUGCAGGACGACGAGAUUUGCAGCUACAUCGUGACAGAGGCGAAGAUGGCGUCAAGGUCGAUCCUCGUAGAGCACAUCAACCUGGCGAUUGACAUCGAGACGUCGGGCAGGCUGGGCUGGGGAGCACUUGACACGGCCUGCGGUUUCAACAUGAUGGGGCUGGACACCUACGCGAAGUGGGAGAUACAUUGCAAGAAGGAGCAUGGCAUCACGCUGCAUACGAUCCCGUACCACAAGAAGUACAGGUUCGGCAAUGACCAGAUCUGCACGGCGACGGACGGGGCGAUCAUCCCGAUCAUGCUGGGCGACUUCGUUGGUCUCGUUUUCGUGUGUUUGGUGCAGGGAGCGGCUCCACUUUUGUUGUCCAAGACAUUUGUAGUGGAGCUGGAGGCGUCCCUCCAUGCAUUUCAGUUUGAGUUGGAGUUGCCUGAGCAGAGCCUGCGACUCCCUUUGGCGCACGCUGGAGGGGAACACUUCUUGCUGCAGCUGGAUAACUUCACGAAACCGUGGAGCAAGCCUGAAGGUUGGACACUGUGCACGAAAGAGGAUCAAUUCGUGGAUCUGACGGAGACGACCGAGCAGGAGGAGUGGGAAACGCGGGGCGACGAGGUGCUGGACCAGCCACCUCGGAGCAAGGCUCCGAUCGCCUUGAAGGAGCUACUGCAGGACGAGAACGCCAACGCGAUGACCAACCAGCUGGUGGAGAAUCUGCGCGGCCACCUCGGGGCGGACAUCAGCGACCAGGCGCUCAAGGUGUUAGGCGAAACGGACAAGAUGAGGGAGGCCAUGGAGGACGCGAUUCCUGAGUGCACCGCCUUCCUCGGCCAGCUGGGCGAGCAGGUUCGCGAUGGCGACGAGAUGAUGGAGACUGGCGGGGUUCCCUUGCACGAAACUACUGAGCGGAAACAAGUGAUGGUCGUGGCAGGACAUCACUUACUGGCGAGACGUGGGCAGAAGGAGGCUUGGAACAUGAUCAAGAGUGCGAGCCCCUUACUCGUGAUCAUCAAGCCGCCCAAGGACAUCUACAACAAGAAGCUCAAGGAGAAGAUCGGCAGGGACGUGCUGACCUUCAUGUCGGACAUGGCGAUCCAGCAGGCGAUUAACGGCAGGUACUUCUACUACGAGCAGGCGUCAGAGUACGGGGAGAUGCUGAGUCAGGAGUUCGCGCAGGGCUCUCUGCAGAACAAGCUGGGGGACGCGCCGAUGCCCCUGCAGGAGCUUACGGGGGCUUCGGCACGAGCUAUCGUGAAGGCCAAGGUGAGCGAUCUGGCGACCGUCGAGACGAAGAUGGACGACGAAAUUUCCAGUUUGCAGCGCGUGUCUCGUUGUCCGGCGCCCGUCUCCAACAACGAGGACGAGAGGGGCGCGGAUCCGCACGUCAAGCAGCAGGGGCAGAAGAUGCACGAGAACAUGGGCCACUGCAGUAACGAGAAUCUUGUGAUGGUUUUGAAGUAUGGCAGGGCUCGCCAGGCCUUCAUCGAGGCCGCGCAGCAUCUGGUUUGUCCAAGCUGCGAGGCAAAUGAGCGUCCCAGGAUGGCCAAACCGGCCAAGGCCCCCACGACCUACCAGUUCAACGGCGUCAUCGGCAUGGACAUAUUCUUCGUCCUAGGUCUUGAGAACACCACCAAGGUGCCGAUGCUCAACAUCGUGUGUCGCGGGGCGGGGCACCAAGUCGUGAUACCGCUACCGAGUAGACAAGGUCAGCAGAUCAGACGACAUUAUCGGGCUUUCUGGGAGCGCGCGUACGGCACUCCCAGGAUCAUCGUGAUAGACGGCGAGAAGGGUUUCUCAACGGGCGAGUUUCCAGAUGCAGCCGAAGGAGACGGCGCGGAGGUGAAGGUGGCGAGUGCUACAUCGCCAUGGCAGGCGGGUAAGACUGAGAGGGCUGGGGGCACUUGGAAGGAGACCUUCUACCGCACCAGGCAGAAGUUCAACGCCAAGAACUGGGGCGACUUCUACGAGCUGGUCGACUCAGUCAACGCUGCGAUUGGAGAAAGUGUGCGCCGCGGUGGUUUCACGCCUUAUCAGAGAGUCUUUGGAAGGCCCUUUCAACUUCCAGAGAAGAUCUUGGAGGAGGGCUCGCCGAGUCUGGCGACGGUAUCUCGAGCCAUGAACGGAGACACCGAGCUUGCCAGGAGCAUCGGCAUGCGCAAAGCAGCCAUGGCAGCGAGCAUCGAGGCGGAGUGCACCGAGAAGCGGCGACGAGCUCUCAAUAUAAGGUCUCGACCGCAGAGGGGCGCGACUUUUCAGCCUGGAGGUCGCUGCUAUUUCUGGAGGAGUAGUACGGACAAACUACCCGUCAGCUCCUGGCAUGGCCCAGCACGAGCCAUCCAGACCGAGCUGCCAAGCACGGUGUGGUGCUCGUACCAGGGCGGGCUACUGAAAUGCUCACCAGAACAGCUUCGACACGCCAACGAGGGUGAGAUAUCCGCCUGGGAGCAGAUCGACCACGCGAUGAAGGAGGAGGUGGGCACCGAUAGCCGCGGCAGGCGCACGUAUGAGGACCUGACCAAGCAGCCCGCACCCGCGGAGGAGGAGGUUCUGGACGACGUACCUCCGACAGCACCUCCAGAGCCAGCAGGCAAUGAUCAACCAGCGGCUUCCCUGGAGCCGCCGACGGUGGAGAUCGAGCGUUCCUCUGACGUGAGGGCAGAUCCGAUCCUCAUGGGCCCGCAGUGCUACGACGACCUCGACGACGUGCCGAUCACCAGCAAGAAGGCUCUAGUCAACCCUGACGCUGCGAUGCCAGUGGCGCAGCGUAUCGCGACCAUCGAGGAGGUCACGGAGAAGUCUCUCCUGAACACCUACAGGUACCAGCCGUCCAUCUUAGCCAAGCGCAGGGAGUGGGCCAACAUACAGAAGGAUCCCGCACUGGCCGCUCGGAUCAUGGGCUUCAGGUGGGUGCUUACGGACAAGGACGGCGACCGCAACGAGCCCGACGCGAGCAAGAAGUCCCUGCUCUUCAUGAAUGGCAGCGGCUGGAGGAUGGCCAAGGCACGCUGGACCGUCCAGGGACACACCGACCCUGACCUGCUGGAGCUCGAAACCUACAGCCCAGUUGUUGGCAAGGACUCGGUCUUCCUCAUCCUGCAGAUCCUGUGCACCAACAAGUGGACGCUGCAGCUCGCGGACAUCACGUCGGCUUUUACGGCAGGAGACCCACUGGACAGUUAUGCCAAAGAGAUCGGGUUUCAGUGCUCCAUCUUUGACGGCUGCGUCUUCUACCUCAGGGACGACGAGGGCUUGCACGGCGUCAUGGGGCUUACGGUGGACGACAUCGUGGGCGGUGGCGACCAGAAGUUCGACGAGAAGGGGAAGUACACGGGCAAGGAGCUCGACCAUAACGACGACAACACGGAGAUCACGAUAUCGCAAUGUCAGAGCUCCGCCAAUAUUCAACAGAUCGACAUCGCCACAGAGAGGCGCGAGACGCCGCAGUCACCAGUGACGCCAGCAGAGUUGCAUCAGGCACGGAGCCUGCGCGGCUCCAUUGCGUUCCUGGCGCGGGGCAAGGUGCCGAAUCUCACCGUGGACGACUUGCUGGAGGCAGAUCGUAUUGGCCGCAUGACCAAGGAGUUCUGCGAAGUAGUGCUCAAGGUACGAUGCAUCGUGUUCGCUACGCAGCGCAAGAUCCUGGAGGGCGAAGCGGCCACCAUCUCCAUCCAAUCCUGGAAGAGCCACAAGCUGAAGAGGAAAUGUGCGCACCAGUUUGGCGCGGAGACGUUGGCCAUCUCUGAGGGCAUGGCUAUGGCGGAGCUCAUCAGGACCAUGCUGCUGGAGAUCGUCGACUCCGAGUUCGAUCUGAUGCGUCCUUACCUGCUCGCUGGUCGUUUUCCCGUCAUCAGUGUGACAGACUCCAGGGGCGGGUACGAUCAUGUUACUAACCCCAAGGCGGGACUGUCGGAGGACAAGAGGGCAGCGAUCGACGUGGCCAUCAUGCGCUCAGCAAUGCAGCGACCUCAGGUUCACCUACGAUGGAUCGAGGGUACCAGUCAGCUGACCGACCGACUCACCAAGCGCAAGGGUGAGAGUACGCUACUUCGACACGCUCUGGAGCUGGGCGAGUACGGCAUCACCGCGGACAGCAUCGUGCUACGCCGACGGGAACAAGAACGACAGAUGAGGAAGAAGAAGGGCGACCAUACUUAUGCCUGCUCGGUGGAGUGUUGUUUUUCAGGACUGGACCUGUACGAGAUGGACUGCACGGGCACCCUUAAA